UCCACCCCCCGCCCUCCGGGCUCCUGCUCCCGGGAGCCCCGCAAACCCCGCUCCGCCCGCGCCCCGCACAGCACCGAGGCUCCCGGCCGGGUCCGCCCAGCUGCCCCUCCCCGGGGUCAUGGGGGCACCCCCGGGCUACCGACCCUCUGCCUGGGUGCAUCUCCUCCACCAGCUGCCCCGCGCCGACUUCCAGCUCCGACCGGUGCCCAGCGGUUUUGCGCCCCGCGACCAAGAGUACCAGCAGGCCCUACUGCUGGUGGCAGCCUUGGCUGGGCUGGGUUUGGGCCUGAGCCUCAUCUUCAUCGCCGUCUACCUCAUCCGUUUCUGCUGCUGCAGGCCCCCAGAGCCCCCUGGGGCCAAGAGUCCCCCACCUGGAGGAGGCUGCGUCAUCUGGAGCUGCAUCGCUGCUCUUCUCGUGGGCUGUGCGGGCAUUGGCAUUGGUUUCUAUGGCAACAGCGAGACCAGCGAUGGGGUGUCCCAGCUCAGCUCAGCACUGCUGCACGCCAAUCACACGCUCAGCACCAUUGAUGACUUGGUGCUGGAAACAGUGGAGAGGCUGGGUGAGGCAGUGGGGACCGAGCUGACCACCCUGGAGGAAGUCCUGUCGGAACGUGUGGAGCUGGUGGCCGCCACCCGGGGAGCCCGGAGGCAGGCUGAGGCUGUGGCUCAGCACUUGCAAGGACUGGCCUUCUGGCAAGGAGUGCCCCUCAGCCCAGUGCAGGUGGCUGAAGAUGUGACUUUUGUGGAGGAAUACAGGUGGCUGGCCUAUGUCCUCCUGCUGCUUUUGGUGCUUUUGGUUUGCCUCUUCACCCUCCUGGGCCUGGCGAAGCAGAGCAAGUGGCUGGUGGUCGUGAUGACUGCCAUGAGUCUCCUGGUGCUUGUCCUGAGCUGGGGUUCCAUGGGCCUGGAGGCUGCCACAGCUGUGGGCCUCAGUGACUUCUGCUCCAGCCCAGACACCUACGUGCUGAACCUGACCCAGGAGGAGACAGGGCUCAGCUCAGACAUCCUCAACUAUUAUUUCCUGUGCAACCAGGAGGUCUCCAACCCCUUCCAACAGAAGCUGACUCUGUCCCAGCGAGCUCUAGCCAGCAUCCACUCCCAGCUGCAGGGCCUGGAGCGGGAAGCUGUGCCUCAGUUCCCUGCAGCACAGAAGCCCUUGUUAUCCUUGGAGGAGACGCUGAAUGUGACGGAGGGAACCUUCCACCAGUUGGUGGCACUGUUGCAUUGCCGGAGUCUGCACAAGGACUACGGCUCAGCGCUCCGAGGCCUGUGUGAAGACGCCCUGGAGGGCGUGCUCUUUCUGAUGCUCUUCUCCUUCCUGUCUGCGGGGGCCCUGGCCACCACCCUUUGCAGCCUGCCCCGUGCCUGGGUUCUCUUCCCGCCCAGUGAUGACUACGAUGACACAGAUGAUGACGAUCCUUUCAACCCUCAGGAAUCCAAGCGCUUUGUGCAGUGGCAGUCUUCCAUCUGAGCCUCCUCUCCAGCCUGGAGCCAGCCUCUCCUCUUCGCUCCUUCCCUGGCUGCUGGAGAAGGCCCCACUAACCUGACCCUGACUGGGCCCUGACCACUAACACUGCUGGCCAUGGACAUCUCACAUAGGAUGACGUUCUGCUCUAGCCCCAACAUUCCCCC